UAUGACUGCAAUAAUCUGAAGUUAGCGUCGUCUGCUUUAAAAUCCUCACGAGCAGGCACGUUUGGUUUACAACCCUAAUUUCUCCAGGAUCACCUCCUACCGCCGACACUGACAGUACAUGCUGUUCUCACCCUCCAUGUGUGCGCGGGUGUGUUACCGCGUGUGUAAAUCAGAGCAGCUGCAGGCAGAGCAGCUGCAGGGACACAUGCUCUCUGCUGAUCUGUUUGGGGGGGGGGGGGGGGCUGAGCGUGGUUUGUGUACAGCUGGAGGGCUUCCCUCUUGGAAAUUCUGGGCUUAAUGACACAUUAAGCCCUCUCCAAGGGACUGGACUAAAGAGAACGAAAGAAAAAAAAAAAAAAAAUUGAAACGGGCAGGCAGGCUGAUGGCUUUUCCUGCAAAGUUUAGUACUUCAAAAGUUAACUUCUAAGCAACUGCAGAUGCAUGGAUAAAACCUAUCCUGGACAAUAUGCAGCAGCCCUUUCCUUUCCAUCAGCAUCUCCAAGUUGUUGCCUACCUGUGUUGGAUUCCCUUGUUGGCCAUUAGCACUGAGUCAGCUCCAUUAGCUCCCGAGUGCUCACCGGAGGGACACCGCGUCCUCCGCAAUCCCUACCGCAGCACCAGGUUUGACUCACUGGAGUUGCAGCGAACGGCGAUUCAGGACCUGGUUUGUGACCACUCCUUGCCACCGGCAUGGUACCGUUUCAUGAUCGACAACAGGCCCGCAGAAAUGCCAACGAGAUGCGUCGAAAUGAAUAAAUGCGGGACGCAAGCUCCAGUGUGGCUGUCGCUGAAGUCUGAAUCCCUGCCAGUUCCCGGUGAGAGCAAGCGGCUCACGGCCUGUGCUACCUGGCAGGUCUUCUUCGGGGGCACCAAGGACUGCUGCUUGUUUCGGAUACCCGUCGCCGUCAGGAACUGCGGGGAAUUCUUUGUGUAUCUCCUGCAGCCUACUCAAGGAUGCAUGGGCUACUGCGCGGAAGACAAACUCACAAGCCUGGCUUUGCAACCGGUGAUAACUCCCGAGCUUGUGCAAGGUCGCGUCCACCUGAAGUGCGCUUUCAGCCGCCCCUCCUCAAAGCCGCCGCUGCAGUACGUGGUGGUCUGGUCGCGCCUGUCCACCCCUGGCAAGAGAGAGCAGAUUCAACGUGACACCACCCUGCAGUCGUUUUCCUACGUAGAGAUGAACGGCGUCAAUCUCAGAUUGGGAGACACGGUCUUUUGCACUGUCACCGCUUUUACGAGGGACACUCCUGAGCAGCAGUCGUUGCCUGAAGAGAGCAAAGGUUUCUAUGCUGGGAUUAAGUUUUUACCAGAAUCACUACAAAUUGCAGAGGAUGGCAAAGAGCAUGUUUUGACCAUUCUGAGCACUGUACCCAUUGCCUGUCCUGGGCAUGAUGAUUCCUGUAAAAUUACUUUGCAGCUAAGUACUGAGGAUUUGGAUAGCCAAUUACUGGGGCCCCCGAACGUCGCCCUUUCGGCAUGCCAGGUGGAUCUGCUGCAGGCGCCCUGCUCGGAAAGCAGCUGUGCAGCCGCCGCGCUGAGAGUGACAGCCGUGACAGACUUUGCUCAGGAUGGGAACCGCGUCAGCCGCCUCAGAGCUGAACCGGUCGGAUGGAGGGAUUUGCUUUGGAGGGCUUACACACCUAAGGAUGUGAAGGUCACAGUUCGAGACCUCCCAACAGGGAACUGCUACUCUUUCACUGAUCCACACAUUAUCACAUUUGAUGGAUGGCGCUACGAUAACUAUAAAAUCGGCACCUUCCUUUUGUGCCGGAGCGUGUCGCGGGCAUUUGAAGUGCACGUUCGGCAGUGGGAUUGUGGAGGCCACCGCUCCGCCACCGCCUGCAAUUGCGGCGUAGCCGCGCGAGAAGGGGGUGACACCGUGGUGCUGGACACCUGCAAUGGCCAUUUUCGGGAGAGCAGACCCCAGUUAGCCAUCAAAAGCACCGAGGCAUCGCCACGUGUCAAAAUCCUAAAGUCCUACGGAGGGAGAAAAAUAACGAUCCUGUUCCCAUCGGGAGCAUUUGUUCGCGCCGACAUGAGCGAGUGGGGAAUGGGUCUGACGGUGAGGACGCCGGGUAGCGACUUCAACAGCACCAGAGGUUUGUGUGGCCUCUUCGACGGGAUCGGUCACAACGACCUGAGCAAUGAGCCUGAGGAAGACUUCAUAGAGGAGUGGAGAAUACCUCCAGGGAAGAGUUUAUUUGACAAGACUCCAGCACCUUCUGAGGGGAAGGAAAGGAAAAAUUACUGCAGAUGUCAGAAGGAGAGCACUAAGUCCGUGCCCGUGGUAAACACGCUGGAUGCCUUUCAGACUGCUUUCCCUCCAUCCUCUGGUUGCCGUUACGAUCAUGUGGAUUACACCUCAGCAAUCCCGUAUCUAGAUGUUACGUCAGAGUUUGUCACUCACUCAGAAAUAGAGUCUACUUUCAGAAAAGAUGAGAAACUGUCGACCAAGUCUUUUGAUCAGAGAUAUCUGCCUAAAUCAGUCCAAAAGCGAGGUAGCCCCGAGGACCGAUUAAAACCCCUCGCACACAAUGUUUCCAUGAAAAGCAAUAGUUCCAUUAACUCUACCAAAGCAACAGAAGACCUAAGGAGAGCAAAAAGGCAAGAAGACUAUUAUGAAUACUCAUCCUUUCACCCAUUGCAUGGCCCAAGCCAGAGAGACUCAGAGCGCUUUGCAUAUUUUUUCCCAGAGGACUACUUUGAAGGGAUUAGGACGAAACUUCCACUGGCAUGGCCCACUCCCAAUGGCUUAACUGCUGCCAAAGCUCGGGAGAUUUGCCACCAAAUUCUUGCAAAUUCCACCAUUGGCUUAGUGUGUAAAGGUCUCCUUGGAAAACAGAUGGAUGAGGCAAUUGAUAUCUGCCUUUUAGAUCUGCAGCUCAAAGAUGACGUGGCUUGGGUGAGGGCACUGAUAGCCCUUUUGGAAAAUGAAUGUGAAAGGAGAGUGUUAGGAAACAGAAACAGAGUGUUUCAUGUAGGAAACCAGCCAUCUGCUACCCAGGAGGAAAUCCUCACCGCUCUCCGGUGUCCUGCUUUCUGUAAUGGCAAUGGACAAUGUACUGAACUGGGCUGCCAAUGCUUUGAAGACCACAGCUCCUACGACUGUAGCAUUGCCAAAAAGCAAGCUUUGGAAAUCACGGGCUUAGAGAACGGGGGCCUCUGCGACGUCCGUGCCUCUGACUGCGCCACGAUCCGGGUGUUUGGCCUCGGCUUCAAAGAGUCGCCCAACCUGCACUGCGAGGUCACCAGAUUAAUUCAUCUCAAUGGCGAAUGGAUAUCAAGAGAACAAGAAACCACAAAAGCAGAUUUUGUCAGCUCUGAGGCUGUUGACUGCCAGAUUCCUCUCCUGAACAUUACAGAGACAGAGGCUGUGCACUUUGUGGCGGGUGAUGAGCCGUUCGCAAGAUGGCAAGUGAAAAUCACUAACGAUGGCUUCCAGUACAGUAAUUCCAGAGUGCUGACCCUGUAUGAUGCGGUCUGCCAGGCCUGCCAAUUCUAUCCAACCGGACUUUGUAAAUUAAAGGAAAAUACUUGUAAUAUAGAUGGACUUUGCUAUGGUGAAGGAGAGUCAAGCCCUACCAGUCCUUGUCUUCUUUGUGAACCUGACAUUUCUAAGUUCACCUGGUCUAUUAAUGAAAACAACCUGCCUCCUGUGUUCCAGGCCCCCUCCAGCCAGCCGCUGACAUUUAUUGGUGAGAAUUUUGUUUACCAGUUAGUAGCUGUGGAUCCGGAAGGGUCAGCUGUGCUAUUCAUCUUAGAGGCUGGGCCACAGGAUGCCAGGCUCUCUCCUGCUGGCCUUCUUAUCUGGAAAGUUGAUUCAGAAGAAAUGCAGACCUUUGAAUUCACUGUGUCAGAUGAAUGCAACGCACAGAGCAGAUACUCUGUUGAGGUUGGAGUGAAGCCCUGCAGCUGCCUCAAUGGUGGAACAUGUGUUACCAAUAUUAAAUUCCCUCCGGGCCUUGGUGAAUACCUGUGCUUAUGUCCAAAUGGAUUUGAUGGAGAAUUUUGCCAGGAAGAUAUUAAUGACUGCAAAUCAAACCCCUGCGGCAGCGGAACGUGCGUGGACAGUGUGGAUAGCUACUUUUGUAAAUGUCCCCCUGGUUUGGGAGGGCUUACUUGUCAGGAAGACAGGAAUGAAUGUGAAGAGAGUCUUUGUUUUCCUGGAGUGUCUUGUAUGAAUACCUUUGGAUCAUAUGCAUGUGGAAUUUGCCCCAGUGGGAUGGAGGGAAAUGGUAAAACUUGCAGAUCUGUGCUUGCUGCUGACAUUACAAAAGCUUUAAGCAUUGAAAAAGGCAAUGCUAAAGGUGAUUUGAACAAGACCGAGGUUGAGCAGCCACUGCAACCCUUAGAGGCAAAGGAUUCUCCUGUAAUUAAGAAUUUUAACAUAAGUGAUCGACAUGGCCAUGCAGCACCACUGUCACAUAUUACUACCUGUGCCAACAGGCCAUGUUUUCCUGGAGUGUUAUGUUUUGAUCGGAAACCCCCUUACAUUGGAUAUGUCUGCGGCCGAUGUCCAGCAGGGUUUUUUGGAAAUGGUCGAAUCUGUACCAAAGUCCUCAGACCAGUUUCAAGAUCUUCCCAAAGGCAUGUGGAUUUUGCUGGAAGAAGUAUUGAAGAUGCUAGAGGCUCUCACCAUGAAAAUGUUUUAAAGACAUCAAGAAACAUACAUUCCCUUCUUUCCCAAACCCAAAUUCCAAGACAAGAAACUACAUACUUUUUGGAAAGAAACCCCACAGUCAUUAACACUCCAUCCCUUACAACGAAAAGGAAGACUUCCCAAGUUCAGACAUUGUCAGCAAAAAAACCUGAUAUGGAGUCUACAGCAACUGAGAAACAAUCUUUUCUUGAAAAAAGAGGUGAUACACACACUUUCCUUCUGCACGAGGAGCCAGACCCCAGAGCCACAACUGUCAGUGCGAUAACCCAUACCCCUCUCCAUUUUAAACAAUACAAACCAGGUACAACUCAGAGUGUUCCUUCUCGUCACAACACAAAUACAAGUUCAUUCUUUGCAAGGCCACAUGCUGUUCAGCAAACUCGUUCCAAGUAUGGCUAUUCUCCCAGAAAAUGGCCCAGUCGAGUCGCAGUCUUGAAGACUAAACCACCCCAAGAUUUCCCAACAGAGCAGCAGAGAGCAUCUCCUUUGGCAGCACAUCUCACCUCCUCUUCCCAUUUAAUAGGCUCUUCCCUUGAUACAGCUCCCCAAAGUGCUAGCGUCCCAGCGGGGUCUGCUCCCCAAGCAAGGUUUCCAGUACAGACCACAGCAGACAGAAAGGCAUACAACACAGCGAUGGAUCAUGUGGAACUGCCGAAAACCAGCAGUAGGACGCAUCAGAAAGUCGUUUGCGCUAAUAUGCCAUGCUUUACUGGUGUGCAGUGCCAGGUGGCCGAAGACGGAGGAUUUAAAUGUGGGCCUUGUCCCAGUGGAUACAGCGGUGAUGGAAUUACAUGUGAAGUCCACUGUGACCCACCAUGUGAACACGGAGGAACUUGUCUAUCUCAAAAUACUUGUUCUUGUGCUUAUGGGUUUGUUGGGCCUCGAUGUGAAACAAUGGUGUGUAACAGACACUGUCACAACGGAGGGGUCUGUGUGUCACCGGAUGAGUGCAAAUGCAGAAAUGGAUGGAGCAGUCCUUCUUGUGAAACAGCUGUGUGCAAUCCUGUGUGCUUGAAUGGAGGGAUCUGUGUACGGCCAAAUAUGUGUACAUGUCCUUAUGGUUUCUACGGGCCACAGUGCCAGAGAGCUGUUUGCGUUCCCCCUUGUAAGAACGGUGGUCACUGUGUUCGAACCAAUGUGUGUUCCUGUACUGAGGGCUACACUGGAAGAAGGUGUCAGAAAAGUGUCUGUGAUCCCAUGUGCAUGAACGGAGGGAAAUGUGUACGCCCAGAUGUCUGCGACUGCCCAUCUGGUUGGAGGGGAAAGCACUGUAAUAAACCUGUUUGCCUGCAGAAAUGUCUGAACGGUGGAGAAUGUAUAGGUCCAAACAUCUGCGAAUGCUCUGAAGGGUGGGUAGGAAUGCUGUGCCAGACCCCACUUUGUGAGCAAAAAUGUCUGUUUGGAAGCAGAUGCAUAAGACCAAAUGUCUGUGCUUGCAGAAGUGGCUAUACUGGUUCAGCAUGUGAAAAGAAGCUCCCAAUAGGAUGAAGAUAACAUAACAACAACAGGACAAUGAAGACAAUCAUUUGGGUAUUGAUAAUCUGGCACUGAGCACGUUUUUCAUUUGGGAAGAUAGUGUGAAGAAAUUGCUAGUUCUCUCCCUUCUAUCCUCAUAUAAUCACACAGAAGAAUAAAAAAAAAAAAAACAACCAACCCUUCUCAUAUGUCAAUAAACCUACAUUUAUUUUCAAACCUGUCUAUGGCAAGGCUCAAAUUCAUGAUCCAUGGCUGUAGUGACACCAUCACAAUGACUGCUCCUGACAACAACAAGAUUUUAAAAUGGCACAGACCAUUUUAUAAAGAUUUUUAGUGCCAUGUUAUUCUGCUUUCAUUAAAAUUUGAAGGCACAGAUAAAUUUCCUCAUUUCUUCCCAUUUUUUUUAAACAGGUAUGUUUGCCUACAGUCUAGAGAAAAGUGAAUACAUAAGAUCCUGCUGCUUCUGAGAAAUUUCAGUGACUACCAAGGGAAAGACCUCAAUAAUGUUUAACCAAACUAGCUCCAGCCUGUAUUGUCUUUCCCUGAGUAACUGCUAGAGCCAAAUGCUUUAGUUUCCUAAGUUGCUAAUGUAUCAGCAUUUAUUUGUGGAGGUAUCAAUGCAGUACCUGGUGAAAUGCUGGCUUUUAUUUGCCUUUACACCUGAGUUCUUCUUUGCCCUCUGUAAUGGCUAUACAUUGCUCCCGGGCAAGUUAAUGGUCGACAUGCCAAGGACACAGAAGCCCCCAUGUAGCCAUACAGUCUUAAUCCCUGGAAGCACUUUAUAAAACUAGCUCUCUAAUCAUACAGUAGGGGCUUAGUGAAAUACUGGAAAACCUAGGUGCUCUCAGAAAUCUGCAUCUUAAUCCGAAAAUUCAGGUUUACAGAAAUCUACCAUUGGGUCACCUACCAGUGGCCAAAAGAUGAGCCGCGUGUUUCAUCGCAGGCAGUGGUACUGACGUGGGAUGGGAUGGAGCAGUGGCAGGAAACCUGGCGGAGGGAGGAAGGAGUGCAAGGAAAGGAAAGAGGACACCAAUUAUAAGUUCACUUGGAAAAAAGAGUUUUAAACUGUCACCUCGGACAACUCGGGUUCGGUAAAGUAAAUCCCAAACCACGCUCUGGGCAUUCAUGCUCUCCGUUCAUUUGUCUCACUGGAAGAUUCAGAGUAACUGAAAAAAGACCAAAAUCUCAGUGCCUUGAUGGAGGAAUACAGAAGUUUUGACACUCCCUCACUCUUCCAAAAGCAACUUAGGGGAACAAUGAUACAAGUAAGGAUAUUUUGAUUGAACGUUCAGGGCUGCAACAGUAACUAGAUGUAAGAUUUGAUCUGACCCUUACUGUCAAUUUCUAAGAUUAAAAAAUACUGACUGUGAGACCUUUGAAUACUGCAAAUUAAGGGUUUAAAAAAGCUUGGAAUAACUGUCGCUACUAUAAUUCACAGAAACAUUCCUCCUCCCUUUCAUCCAGCUCCUAAUAAUAGCAUUUUUUCCCCACGUCUAAUAUCGCAAAAUGAUUUAAAUGUAUCCAUUCUGUUUUCCAAUAAAUGAUUCUCUAUUCUUUA